UGCUGUCUGAAGGUGAUAACUUCACUUCUGCUUUGAGCAACGUAAACUCAAAACAGCACGCCAAAACUCUUUGGAGCUCCGCUCUCGACUCGCCGGACGCUGAGCUUUUAUGCAUAACUUUUUAGUUCCACAUAAAAGAUUUUUUUUUUUUAAAACAAGGACCGUAAAAAAAAGCUGUCGUCGAGGCUGUCAUGUUGAACACCGACGAAAGUUCCUGGUUAGCGGGCUCGCAGCUGACCAGCUCCAUUCCGCAGCCACCGGGGCCUCAGUGGUGCUCCGAUGCCCCUCACCCACAGCUGAAGAUCCCGGGUGGGCGAGGGACAGUCAGGGAUCACUCUCUCGGCAUACUACUACACAAGGAUGAGAGGUUGACUGUGACACAAGCCACGGAGGUGAACAGGAACCCUUCACUGCUGCGCUUCCACUUCCAGCUGAGUGAGCGCCGCUCGGCCUUCUGGGAUACGGGUCUGUCGGAAGAUAACCUCUUCCUGGAGAUUCCUCCGGGCCCGCUGGUCGAGGGCAGCAAAGAGGGGCUUACCGCUCUGCUGGAGUUUGCGGAGGAGACGUUAAAGGUGAACUCUGUCUUCCUGUGGUUCCACAAAGGCCGAGAAGAUCGAUUGUCCAUCAUCAAGACGUUCCACUACAUGGGCUUCGAGAUGGUGAAGCCAGGCGACCCUUCGGUUCCAGUCCGGCCCGACUUGGCCUUCAUGGUUUUCUCUCUGGACAACAACAGCAGCAGCAGCUCUGACGAGGAGUGAGCCAACGUUGAAACUUUUCUACUCCUUCCCUUUUCCUAUUGCUUUUGGGAUUGAGGGUCUUUCCCCCCCCCCCCCCCCCCCCCCCCCCCCUUUUUUUUUCCUCCCCCCACUCUCUCCAUGUCCCUCUGAGACUGCGAGCCAAGUCGCUUGAAACUAACUUGUCACAUGCCAGCUUUUUCCUCCCCCCUUUCCAGCCUUUUUUUGGAAGGGGAGGGGGGGCACACACACACACACACUGUCGACGACAGAGUGUUCAGCGAAAUGACCUUUUGAAGAUGCUCAUAGCACCCCUCAUAUUGUUUUAAGAGGAGACUUUAAUAACCUUGUGACUAUCAUUGUCAACGAUCCACGGUCGACUAAACGGUCAAAUUUAACCUUCAUGGGCCAUUCCGACAAAACAUCACGUCAAUCGCGAGUCACUGACCGGUCUAUUUUCGACAUCAGCAGGGAUCCCGGUUCAGUAAACUGUUAACUUGCAGAUUCUAAGGAGUCUCUUUGAACCUUCGUGCAACAUUCUGGCACAUCCCAUAACAAGUCAUUGGCCGGUCUAGAUUUACAUCAACAAAGGUCAAGAGUCACUAAAAUUGUUACUGUAACUUUAUUUAAAAAAAUAAUAAUAAUUUGACGUCGGAAUGGUGCAUUUGCUAGUUAUUAUGGUUCAUCAGAAGUCAUUGGUCUGUCUAGUUUAUUGACAUCAACAUAGAUCAAGGGUCGGUUGACAUAAACAAGGAUCAGGGGUCAAACUGUAACCAUGUAGAGCUGAAACACAAAAUGUAAUCUUUGACUUUUAAGGUACCAUUCAGGUCAGUCAUUCUAUUCCAGGUGUGUCAAACUCAUUUUUGGCGCAGGCCACAUCCUAGUUAUGGUUUCCCUCAGACGGCUCUUAUGACUGUGAAACUGUAUAAAUAUAUAAUCGCCUUAUCUUUUUAAAUACACAACAAACUGAUGGAUAACUAGUUUUGAAAUCAGAAGCUAAUAAACUGUUCAGCUAUUAUUAAUUUUAUUUUAAAAGGGGGACCGGUAACCAAAAAUGCAUGCAAUUCUCAAUCAAUUGUGGCAUUUUAGCGGUAAACAUGAAGCCGACGCACAUGAUUUGCUUUCGUGGGCCACAUUAAAUGCUGUGGCGGGCCGGAUCUUGAUUUUGACACCAACCAGUAAGUCAUUGGUUGGUCUAGUUUAUCAACCUCAAGGGUUGCAUGUGACAAAAACUGUUACCAUGUAGAUUUGAAACAAAAAUGCAUGUUACAUAAGAGAUGACAAGGAUGGAGGGGCAAUCAACUGUUAGCAUUAUCUAUUUAAAAAAAAUCAUUUAAUUCAUGAAUUAAUAAUUUUGGCAAUCAUUCAAGUCAUCCAAAAUUAUUAGCCGGCCUCAUUCAAUAUAAACAAAGUUGGCGGAGCAAUAAAACACUUAAUAUGUCGGUUAUUAUUAUUUUAUAAAGUCUCAUUCAAAAUUCAUGCACUAUUCUGGCAACUGUCAGUCAUCGUAGUCUGACAGAAGUCAUUGGCUGGUCCAACCGAGUCUUUCCGCACCAGGAGUGUUCGAGUUUGUUCCUUUUGAGUCUUAAGGAGGAAAGUGUUUGUUUUCACCCCCCAAAAUUGUGUGUACGUGCGGAAAGAACACUUCAGGGUAUUAUGAUAUAUGCAAUUAGAUUUCACAUUGCAGGAGGUAUCUUGCAGACACUUUAUGAUAAUUUUUUAUUAUUUUUUUUUAAAUUAGCACUUUGAACACAAUGCCAAAGAAGCUUUUAUCUUGGCUGGGAGGGGGGGGGGGGUCUUUUGUUUCUAAACAUCUUCCAGGUCUGCUCAAUAUUAUGCAUUUUCUCUCAAGUCUAUUUUUUAUGUAUAUUUCUCUAUAUGGUCAUAGUUGAGGUAUUUAUUGUUUUGUUUUUCUCCGGGAACAUAGGUUCCUUUGGAUGACAAGCCACACUUGUACACUGUGGGUAAACUUGUCUCUUGUGUUGGGGAAAAGAAGUGUAAAAAGAAAAAAAAGAAAUAAAAUGGAUACAAAUGUU